AGCAGUACUCUUUUGAUACAAUUCAGAAGAUGUUGUCUGAUGUUUCUUUGGCCAUCUCCUCAUUGACAAAUAGAAAAACCAGGGAUCAGAUCAUGAUUCUCAACUCAAAAAGAUUUCUCGAUAGACUAGUGAGUACACUAGAGGAAAAGAAACACCACCAAGUGAAGUUAAAGGAGGGGUUGAAGGACUUGUCUGCCAAAUGGAUGGAGCUGCAGAAUUCAUUGACAUCAUUGUGGCCAAAGCAGCCUCUUGUAUCAGGUGCCACUAUAGGAUUGGAAGGGCAGGUAAAAAAAAGUAUGAGCAAUUUUCUCACUAAUUCCUAUAUGAACAUGUGGAAAACUCUUUAUAUGGAUUUGGGACUAUAGAAUGUAAUUAACUCUUUUUUAUAUUGUUCAAAUUCUUACUGCAACUGCAUCCUCAAAUCAUUUGUGUAGCUUACAGUUUACAAUUACA